AUGCGCGAUUAUCAGAUGAACAUGGUCACUGCAUUGGUGUUGAACAAGAAAUAUAAUUUCUCACACAUUGUCUUUCAUUAUAUGGCCGAAAAUAUUACUACAAAGAGUCGAACUUGGACUUAUCCAAGAUUUAUGCAGAUGCUGAUCGAUCAUGCAUAUCCAGAGAUUGAAUGGGAUUUAAAGAAUGAUUUGUUAGUUCAGUCACACAUGAGCAACGAUUCUCUAAAGCAGCUUGCGAGAUAUCACCCAAACCACCCUGAACCAAAAGUAGUAGCAGAAUUCUUUGGAUAUAUCAAAGAUGUGAACUACGUUGAUCCUGAUCCAGUUGAUCAUCAAAACUGGAGAAAUGAAGAAGAAAGGAAGGAAGCAGCUUACGUUGAUGAGCUUAAGACUCUUGAGGAGUUCAAAACCACCCGAAAUGACUGGUUUGUCAAAGAAACGAGGAGGAGAGGCAAAAAGGCCACCCCUAAAUCACAAGAGGGUGAGGGGUCUUCAUCGCAGCCAAAGAAGAAACAAAAGAAAGUGACAAAGACGUUAUUGGUUGAUGAACCUGAGGUAGAUGAGCCGGUUGUUACUGCGGAAGAAAAUCCGUAUGCUGAUAUUGAUCAAGUGAUGCUUAAUGUUGAUGAUUUAGUGUCUGAGCAAGCAGUUAAUGUGGAAGCUGAGAAAGAGAAGCUUCUCGAUGAUGUUGAAGGUGAUGAUGUCAAGAAAAGUACAACAAGCUCUUCGAGUUCUUCAGAUGAGGAAAUAGAUGAGAAUGAACGUCUAAGAAGAAUUCAAGAAGCUACAGAGAAAGAGAAACAAUUAAAGAAGAGGAAGAGACAGGAGAAAGAUGAUGCUGCAUACGUACCAUCUCCUGAGCAUGUUUCUGAAUCACAAUCACCUUCAAGCGGCAAAAAGAAAGCAGGUGCAAAGAAAAGGAUUGUAUCUACGAAAAUCAAGAAAGUUACUAUGAAGAUUACAAAACCGAAGAUUGUGUUGAAGAAGAAACCAGCCAAAGAACCUAGUAAACCAUCAACUCCACCACCUGAACCUACACCAAUACAAUCACCACCACAUCAAUCACCUCCCAGACAGCCUUCACCACCAAAACAACCUACACCACCCAGACAACCUUCACCAUUACAUCUUUCACCACUACAUCUCUCACCACCACAACAACAAACCUUAUUGACAUCUCAAGAAAUAUUUCAAACACCCCACUCACUCAAAUUCAACUAA